AAUGUCGCAGCCGGAGCCGGUGAACAUUCUCUCCGACGACGACGAUGAAGACGACGUCGUUGCCAAAACCGGUAAUGCAAAGUACAACAGAACUGCUCCGAGAUCAGAAAACGACGUCGUCUGCAUCGACCUCUCAACUCCAUCCCCGUACUUCCCGACGAAGAAGAAGCAAAGAUUAUCAGACCGCUGGGCUAAUUCAAAACCUAGUUCGAGCAAUUCUACCGCUCCACUCUUCAUCCUUGACGAUGACGUCACGCCGCAGAAGCAUCCUCCGGGAACCACCCCCACUCAGCCUGUCGUCACCGAGACUCCUCCGAAUUUUUCUCAUUUCUUCUCCUCCAAGCUCGAGGAGGCCUCAAUUCGCAAAUGCUCCUAUGAUUCCUUCGGGUUGAAUUCCCCGCCAUCUGUUGUUGGGGAGACGCCAUUUUCGGAUAAAGUGUCCAAUUCUGAACUUGCAAAUGGUGGAUUCAGCAGCGGCAACUACAGUUCUCAACUAUUGGCAGCGACAGCAGAUGCUGCAGGGGCUUUAUUUUCCGUCUACUCUCCCCCCGGGUUAAAUUCUCCUCCAUCUGUUGUUGAUGAGACACCAAUAUUGGAAAAAGUGUCCAAUUCUGAACUUGCAAUUACUGAAUUCAAGCGCGUCGACUCCAAUUUUCAACAAUUGGCAGCAGCAGCAGAUGCUCCUGGGGCUUUAUUUUCCGACUGCUCGCCCCCUGAGAGUAGAUUGAUAUGUCUGCAGUCUGACAAUGAGUGUGAGAGAGGAUUGGAAGCUGAUGAAAGAACUGGUUUGAUAGUUGAUGUGGCAGAGGAGUUUGAAUUGAGCUCCGGAUUUGUUGAAUCCACACUUUCUUAUGGUAAGGCUAAUCAAACGCACCUGGCAGUGGUCAGCUCUCCACGUCCUUGUUCAUUGGAAUAUGAUCUAUCUCUGGUACAUGGUACUUUUGGUGAUGAGUGUGAUAGAAAGGAGCUCAUGGUUCAAGUGCCUGAACCAAAAGGCAAAAUCAAGAGUAAAGCCAUUUCAGAGAAAGGUUCAGAUAGUUCAAUCAGGAAAGGGAGGAUGUUGAAGGAAGCAAGGCUUCUCCUGAAGGAAGAAAGGAAACAGCAGAAAGAACAAGAAAAACUGGAAAAAGAAUCUCAAAAGGCUGAAGCUGCUGAGUUGGUGAAAUUGCAGAAUGAAAAGCAAAAGAUCUACCUGGAGGAGGAGAAAUUGGAAAGAGAAGCUCAAAAGGUUGAAGCUUCUGAGUCGGUAAAAUUGCAGAAAGAAAAGCAAAAGAUCUGCCUGCAGAAGGAGAAAUUGGAAAGAGCAGCUGAAAAGGCUGAAGCUGCAGCUUUGAAAAAACUGCAGAAAGAAAAGCAAAAGAUCUAUCGGCAGCAACAGAAAUUGGAAAGAGCAGCUCAAAUAGCUGAAGCUGCAGCAUUGAAAAAACUAGCAAAAGAAAAGCAGAAGUGGGAAAAAGGAAAGUUUGCCCAAAAAACAAUUGUGGCUCAAAUAGAUAGUAAAAUAGUUGAAAUGGGGUCAAUCGGAGGACAUCUGCUUACAAGGUUUGCAGAAAAGGGUCUCUCAUAUCGUAUAAUGUCAAACCCAAUUGAAAGAUCUAUUGUGUGGACAAUACCUGUUCCAGAACAAUUGGUGCAGAUUUCAUCUGAGGGCAUAGUUGUACCAUAUGUGUUACUCGUAUAUGGGGCUGAAGAAUUCUGCAAUCUCAUCAUGGAUGGAACACUUAUGGAUCAAGUUUCCAGGGUUCAAUACCAUUAUCCAAACCAUACGAUUUGUUACCUCACAAAUAGACUGAUGGCCUACAUAAAUAAACGGGAACAAGAUCAUUAUAAGAAUCCCAGCAAAUAUGAAGGUUGGAAGCGCCCACCAAUAGAGGAGGUAUUGGCAAAAUUAGCCACUCAUUUUACUAGGGUGCAUUCAAGACUGUGUUGUGAUGAAGCUGAAUUAGCAGAACAUGUUGUUGGUUUGACUCACAGCCUUGCCUCUUGUCAGUAUAGGAAGAAGCCAACACCAUUAUCAGUGAAUGCAAAUGGCUCUCUUGUACCCAAGGAUUGUGCUGAUAGAAAUCUCAUAAAGAAGAAUACAUGGUUAAAAGCAUUGGUAGCUAUCCCUAAGGUACAACCACGGUUUGCCAUUGCUAUAUGGAAAAAGUAUCCCACAAUGAAAUCACUUUUGACUGUUUACAUGGAUCCGAGUAAAUCGGUGCAUGAGAAAGAAUUUUUGCUCCAAGAUUUGACUACAGAAGGUUUACUUGGUGAUGACAGAAGAUUAGGAGAGAUUUGUUCUAAGAGAAUUUGUAGGGUACUCAUGGCUCAAUGUGGGAACGUCAUUACUGAUGACGUUGAGCAUGGAGCUGAUUUUUUUUCGUUUACCAGCCCACUCUGCUGUUAAUGCUCCCGCUACUAGGCUGAUUGAAAGUUAUUUGGCAAGUGUUGUAUCCUAUUCGAAUGAGGAAAAGAUAUUACAAUCUUAUCAGUUGUGAACUGGAUAAAGCAGCAUGCGGCAGCGUAUUUAUCAAAUCAAUGUGGCCUCAACAACUUGUUGGAAGCUUUUCUGCUGUGAUGUCAGAUCAGUGGAGGUGAAAAGAUUUAGAUUAUCACCUUUCAGCUACGACUAUAUUGGCAUAUGUAUAUAUGUCUUUUGCUAACAUCAAUGUUGCAAAACCUUGUCCAAUUGACCUCUGCUAUUAUUUUCUAAUUGGAAAAUGAAGCAUCGUGGAAAACUGACUAAUAAGAAAGUUGAACUUUUUAUCACAAAUGCUUUGGCCCAUA